GGCUCGUUGGACCAAACUUCGGGGCGCUGUCCUAUACGCGUUACACCCUUUGCUCUUCACAAAUUUCCUACCGCUUUCUCACUGCUAAAAAAGCUUCUUUCUCUUGACUCCAAUGCGGCAGUGCUUGAGAAAUACAAGUUCUUACAUUGCAUCAAGUAAAUCUGACACCGAAGCAGAGAUUUAAGAUGAGACAUGCUAAAAGUUUCCCGGACAAUCAUUAAGAAUGCACUGGUUAAUGUCUCCUCGUUCUAAAGUGCUUGUGUGUUGUCAUGUCUUUAUAUCAGCUCUUUUACUGGAAAGCAGAGCCCUUAUAUAUGAGGAGACAUUGUAUGAAUACAUACCCGAUGAUUUGCAAUGGGGCAGUGCAGACGAACUGUGUUACCAGCGCUCUGGGGCCUUAGCGGGUGUCUCCAGUCCAGAUGAGAAACAAGAGAUAAAUAACUAUUUGAAGUCCAUAAACAUCUCUGAAGCUGUGUGGAUUGCCAAGAAAUUCACUACUCAUCUGCAAAGUAACAUAUCUGUCUUUUUGGACUCUAUCUUGGCUGGCGAUUCCUCAGAGAAUCGGACAUUUUCCCUACAGUUUGUCCAACCCCCCCAGCCUGACGGAGUGUGCGACAUUUUUGAUCCUGUUACAGGGAGUUUGGCCCACGACGACUGUGACACUUAUCGAGGAGCCAUCUGCCAGUACAAGAAAGUUAUAGAAGAUCAGGAUGAUCCUCAUUCCCCAAAGAUCCCAUUGUUCAGCAUAUCGAACCAGUAUCCUUUACCCGGUCCUGAGCAGAUUCCUUCCUGGGACAGAGAGAUAAAUUCACUGCAUCAGCUGGCCCGGGCUGUCCUGCACAAAAUUGAGGCUGGUGGUCCCAAUGUCCUCACGUCCAAUGAUAUCCACUAUGUGUCUGAAAGGAUGGAGAUGGGCUUGUCUGCACUGGCUAUUAGCCAUGCAACCGGCACUAAUGCUGCAGAGGCCAUGACGUCCAUUGCUAAAGAUUACGUAAAGAUGUCGAGUCUGAUCCUAGAGCCUCAUGUGGCUCAACAAUGGAUUGGUUUAACCGAUGGCGGGAUCAACAUGGGACCUUUUACAAUCGUCAAUAGUAUUGACAGUCUUUCUGAAACUCUGGCAGACAUACUAUCUGCUGAAGGAAAAAGUUUCUCACUUUCUACCAAGAACAUAGACAUACUCAUAAGGAGCCAUGAACUGACUGAAAUAAGCUGCUGUCAAUCAUUUAAACCAUUUGACAUCAGCUCCAGCGCAAUGAGGGGAACUGCUCAGGAUGAGCUGCUAAUCCCAGACUCAGAGUUACAGAGAAUUCAGAAACUUGGACAUAAGGAUGUGAUGUUUAUUCACACUCACUACAGCCAUUUGAAUGAGAUUUUAUCUGGUGCUGCAGAGCCUGUUCUGAGUCGGCAUGAUCAAGUGAAAAGAUUUGUCUCAGGUCACCUGGCUUCUGCUGUGAUAUCAGCCACCCUCCGCGAUGCUUCAAAGGCCCAAACAAUCCCUGUUGCUGUCAAGUACACGUUAUCGUCAUCACAUGGGAUGGACUAUGUGCAGAGAUCUUCUCCAGUCUGUGCCUUCUGGAAUUUCAGCCUGAUGAAUAAUCAUACCAGUGGUUGGUCCAGUGAUGGCUGCAGUGUCAUCUUUGCUGGCUCUGGCGUUACUUCCUGUCUAUGCAACCAUACCACAAACUUUGCAGUAUUGAUGAAUUACUUGAAUCCAAAGUGGACCCCUGAGGAAGAGCUUGUUUUGACCAAGCUGACCUUCAUUGGCUCAGGAGCAUCUUUAUGUGCUCUGGUGGUGACAUUGAUGCUGUUCACUGUGUUGGACAUACCUCGAUCUGAUAGGACAUCCAUCCAUAAGAACUUGUUCAUUGCGCUGAUCUGUGCUCAAGUGAUUCUGCUCUGCAGUGGCUCGGCCAUUCACAACAAGGUUGCGUGUACACUUGUGGCAGCAUUGCUCCACCUCUUCUUUAUGGCUGCCUUCAGCUGGAUGUUGGUUGAGGGUCUGCUGCUUUGGAGCAAGGUGGUUGCUGUCAACCUCAGUGAAGAAAGACACAUGAAGUAUUAUUAUCUCAUCGGCUGGGGUCUGCCAGUGCUUAUAGUCACCAUCACAUUGGCUUCGGCCUCAGGCAAAUACUUGGCGGAUGGCUAUUGUUGGCUCAGUGUCCAGAACGGUGUCAUAUGGGGCUUUGCUGGGCCUGUCAUCUUCAUCAUCAUGGUGAAUGUCAUGGUACUCACUAGGGUGGUGGUCAUCACUAUCUCCACAGCCAAGAGGCGCUCCAUUAUGUUGGCGAUGGGUGCCAGUCCUCUGGAACAAACCUACGAGCAAGUUAGGGCUGCUGUUAAAGCAGUUUUGGUUCUGCUGCCCAUUCUUGGAUUGACGUGGCUGUGUGGUGUCCUUGUGCCUUUCUCCAUUGUCAUGGCCUACAUCUUCAUCCUUCUCAAUUCUCUACAGGGCCUGUUCAUCUUCCUGAUAUAUGGGGUGUACAACACAGAGGUCCGGACCACGGUCAACAGGAUCAAGGAAAGGAGGAAGGCGCUUAAUUUCUCAAACUGUGCCAGUUCCCGUCCAUCCAGCUCAGGCACUUGCUCUCGUCAGAUCAGUUUACCAGCAGGAGCAGCCUCCAACCCAGAGGAGGCAACCACCUUCCAUAACUGCAACACCCAAAAUCAUCAGAAGGAAGAAGAGAGUGCCACAACUCAGCUGUCCAUUCCUCCUGUUCCAAGGGAGUCCAAUUCCUCCACAUCAAGUUCCGCAGUCACUCAUCUGCAUAGAAAGGCCCUCCCUCCUGCACAAGUGGAGGCAUCACCAGCUGAUUGUAGUUUCCACAUUCCCUUGGAGCUCGACUUUACUGCCUCUUGCUUCUCACCUAGAAGAAAUUCAACUUCAUCAUAGAAGGGCCUGACUCCUCGAACGAGGACCAUCAUAUUGAAAUUGUAGGAUCAAUCUUUAUUUGUGUGUGUGUUUGUGUGUGUGCGCGCGUGUGUGUGUUUGUGUGUGUGUGUGUGUGCGUGCGUGCGUGUGUGCGAGACAUCUUUUUUUUUUUUUUUUAGCGUCUCCUGACCUUUCCUAAUGACAACAGGGAUUAAACAUUUGUCUGAAGUCACUUUUUAGUCAGUGGUCUGUGUUCUGUACUGUGACAAAUUAACACUUAAAUGAAAUAAUGGAGCACCUUUGUGAACCCUUUGUGUGUGAUAAUGUUAUUUACGUACAUACGUAUAUAUAUCUUUUGUGUCCUAGAACAUCUUUACGGUGCUCUUUAUUUAUCAUGUUUAUUUCUCAUGUUACUAUACACUCAUGUUACUAUACACCCUUUAUAUUCAACACAUCUGUGUAUAUUAUAUAAAAUGGUUUCACUUUCUUGUGUUUUUAAAAUUGUGUCAAGUGUCAAACUUCAAAAACAAAGAAUUUAAUACAUGAUAACUUGGCAUCUCACAAUGUAUGUGAAUGGGGCCAGUAAUUUCUUCUGAAUUCUUCAGCCUUUUUUUUUUUACUCCCCAAUUCUGCUGUAACAGUACAAGACUAACACCAUUUAAACAACGUCGUCUGGUACACAAAAUAUAUCAUUUUUGUUUUCUUCAAGUUAUUGAACAUUCAGAUCAGUGUAUUGUGCAUGUAAAAUUGCUUCUUUGGUUCCCAGUUUGUAAAAACAAAACAAGAACAUUCGACUGUAGACAAAUUUAUUGUGGCGCCGAAACCUCACGUCAUGUAACACAAAGAUGGAACCCAAAAGACGCAAUAAAUUAUCUUCAUUA